CAGAUCCUUGGCUGUGAAGGAAAACAUGUGAUUAUGGAUGUACUCCACGAUGAUUCUUGAAAUGUUUAGGUGGAGGCAAGAUAUCCAGGAGGUAAAAAAGGAACCACGGAGCAGUGCUGAUGUUAUUGAUGAUGCUGAAUUGUUGGGUAGUGCGAAGCAGUUCGCGAAUGCAGUGAACUCAUUGCCAGAGCUUACUGAAAGGAAGCGGAUAGUUGACAAGCACACACUUAUUGCCACUGCUCUUUUAAAGGAAAUUAUGAAUCGUUCUCUAGAAAGCUUCUCGUCAAUCGAAGAGGAGAUGCUCUCAAAAGGCAGUGUUGAUAAAGGCUUUAUGGCACAUCUUCAAGGUAAAGGCACUAAAGAAGAUAAGUUGCGGCUAGCUGUUGUACAUCUGCUUGCAGUAGAAACCUCUUCUCCAGCAGAGGUUGGAGCUGUUGAAGCAACCCUUAGAGAAUGUGAGGUGGAUCCCUCAGCAUUCCUUUAUGUCAAGAGAAUCAAGUCCCCAAGCGCCUCGUUGUCUUCUGCUCAAGCCGCAAACAGAAGUAAUCUUGGUGUAUGGGGAGGUCAGUUUUAUGAACAGGCAUUGAGUUCAAUUACUGCAGGUGUCAAGAACUUGCUCUCAGGGGGUAGGCAAGCAGCCCUUAUUCGCGUCGUGGAAGCUCUGAUGGAGGCUAAAUCAUCUCCUGGAACUGAUUCCUACCUUAUAUUUGAUCCGCGAGCUCCAAAAGGAUCGGCUGGUGCUGAUAGUGUUUCCCAGGGACCAUUCAAAGAGGCAAUACUUUUUAUAAUAGGGGGAGGAAAUUACCUCGAGUAUGGAAGUUUGCAAUUCUCCCAGCAAUAGCAACCGACGAAGAACAUUAUCUAUGAAAGUACCGAGAUACUGUCAGGAAAUGAUUUCAUUGAACAGCUUGCUACGUUGGAUAGAAAGAUGGGGGUUGUAGGAUCUACAGUUGCCUCAUCUUCCUAGAAUGUGAAGAUUUUUUGUCAUUAAUUCACCCCUUCAUUUUUGUUUUUAUCCCUUUUCGCUGAUUGGGGUAUGCUUGUAGUUAGAAUUAGGUCGUUAGUUCACUGCAACGGUAACAAUACUUUGUAAGUCCAUAAUGGAAGGUAGUUUUACAUUUUUUGUUUAUUUAUUAAAUUAGAAGUUUAGGAGAUAAUGUAAUCACUUAGGGUACAUAAUGAGAACUCUGCGAAAUUCGUAGCAGCUUUACUGUA